AAAAAAAAAACAUAAUAAUAAUAAAAAAAAUAACUCUGGACGUGGAGCUGCUACCGAGAAGGAGACCGGGGAAAGAACACCAGUAGGCAGGCCAAUGGUUUUUCGGCAGCGCGCUGGCAAGUUUGUGGAACACUUUCUAGGAAUUAGGUCUUUUUCCUCCCCCUUCAUCUUCUUGACUUCUGAAGAAAGAACUUGACUUUGGAUGGUAAUGGAGCCUGAGGAGAGAGGGUUAGACACACUUGAAUAAUCCCUCCGGCUGGGCUGAAUUUGUGGGAAUUUAGGAAGCCAGAGGGUGGAAAUACAGCAGCCUUUGGAGUGCCCUCUGUUAAUUUGGAUGGAUCUAAAUGUGCCCCACUCAAGACCUCUCCACUGACCCCCUUCUGAUCUUGCGAUUUGCUCUUCUUGACUUUAAUUAGCAUCUAGGAAAGUCUAAACUUUGGACCUACCUCUUUUUUUGAUACUUAUUUUUGUACUUUUGCUCUCUGGGAUUGGUUUCUUAAAACAAUCUGGAUCCUUUUUAAUAUGUCAAAAUGAGUCGGCUGAUGUUUACACAACUACUGCUCUGUGGAUUUUUAUAUGUUCGAGUUGAUGGAUCUCGUCUUCGCCAGGAAGACUUCCCCCCACGGAUUGUGGAGCACCCUUCAGAUGUCAUUGUCUCUAAGGGAGAGCCCACCACUUUGAACUGUAAGGCAGAGGGCCGGCCAACGCCCACCAUUGAGUGGUACAAGGAUGGUGAGCGGGUGGAGACUGACAAGGAUGAUCCCCGGUCUCACAGGAUGCUUCUGCCCAGCGGAUCCUUAUUUUUCUUGCGCAUUGUACAUGGGCGCAGAAGCAAACCUGAUGAAGGAAGCUACGUCUGUGUUGCAAGGAACUAUCUCGGUGAAGCAGUGAGUCGAAAUGCAUCUCUGGAAGUGGCAUUGUUACGAGAUGACUUCCGGCAAAAUCCCACAGAUGUUGUGGUGGCUGCUGGAGAGCCUGCGAUCUUGGAGUGCCAGCCUCCCAGGGGACACCCAGAACCCACCAUCUACUGGAAGAAAGACAAAGUUCGAAUUGAUGACAAGGAAGAAAGAAUAAGCAUCCGUGGUGGAAAACUGAUGAUCUCCAAUACCAGGAAAAGUGAUGCAGGGAUGUAUACCUGUGUUGGCACAAAUAUGGUGGGAGAAAGAGACAGUGAUCCAGCAGAGCUGACUGUCUUUGAACGACCCACAUUUCUCAGGAGGCCAAUUAACCAGGUGGUGCUGGAGGAAGAAGCUGUAGAAUUUCGUUGUCAGGUCCAGGGAGAUCCUCAACCAACUGUGCGGUGGAAAAAGGAUGAUGCAGACUUGCCAAGAGGAAGGUAUGACAUCAAAGACGAUUACACACUGAGAAUUAAAAAGGCCAUGAGUACAGAUGAAGGCACCUACAUGUGUAUUGCCGAGAACCGGGUUGGAAAAGUAGAAGCCUCUGCUUCUCUCACAGUCCGAGCUCGCCCUGUUGCUCCUCCACAGUUUGUGGUUAGGCCAAGAGAUCAGAUUGUUGCUCAAGGUCGAACAGUGACAUUUCCCUGUGAAACUAAAGGAAACCCACAGCCAGCUGUUUUUUGGCAAAAAGAAGGCAGCCAGAACUUGCUUUUUCCAAAUCAACCCCAGCAACCCAACAGUAGAUGCUCUGUUUCGCCAACCGGAGACCUCACAAUUACCAACAUUCAGCGCUCGGAUGCGGGUUACUAUAUCUGCCAGGCCCUAACUGUGGCGGGAAGCAUUUUAGCAAAAGCUCAACUGGAAGUUACUGAUGUUUUGACAGAUAGACCUCCACCCAUAAUUCUACAAGGCCCAGCCAACCAAACACUAGCAGUAGAUGGUACAGCAUUACUGAAAUGUAAAGCUACUGGUGAUCCUCUUCCUGUAAUUAGCUGGUUAAAGGAGGGAUUUACUUUCCUGGGUAGAGAUCCAAGAGCAACUAUACAAGAACAAGGAACACUGCAGAUUAAGAAUUUACGGAUUUCUGAUACUGGUACUUAUACUUGUGUGGCUACAAGUUCAAGUGGGGAGACUUCGUGGAGUGCUGUGCUGGAUGUGACAGAAUCUGGAGCAACAAUCAGUAAAAACUAUGACUUAAGUGACCUACCAGGGCCACCAUCCAAACCACAGGUCACUGAUGUUACUAAGAACAGUGUCACCUUGUCCUGGCAACCAGGUACCCCUGGAGUCCUUCCAGCAAGUGCAUAUAUCAUUGAGGCUUUCAGCCAAUCAGUGAGUAAUAGCUGGCAGACGGUGGCAAACCACGUAAAGACCACAGUCUACACAGUGAGAGGACUGAGGCCCAAUACGAUCUACUUAUUCAUGGUCAGAGCCAUCAACCCACAAGGUCUCAGUGACCCAAGCCCCAUGUCAGAUCCUGUGCGCACACAAGAUAUCAGCCCACCAGCACAAGGAGUGGACCAUAGACAAGUACAGAAAGAACUAGGAGAUGUCAUUGUCCGUCUUCAUACUCCAGUUGUGUUGACCCCCACCACUGUUCAAGUCACGUGGACGGAAGCCAAUGUAUUCAAGUUGAAUGAUGUUCCCAAUAUCCCACACCUACUUAAGAGUAUUAAUGCACAUCAAGACUUACAGUUCGUGUUUAUCCUAAUUGCUUCCUCUGUAGCCCCAAGUGCCCCUCCACAAUCUGUCACUGUGUUAACAGUUGGAAGCCACAAUAGCACAAGUAUUAGUGUUUCCUGGGAUCCUCCUCCUCCGGAUCAUCAGAAUGGAAUCAUCCAAGAAUACAAGAUCUGGUGCCUGGGGAAUGAAACACGAUUCCAUAUCAACAAAACUGUGGAUGCAGCCAUUCGAUCUGUGAUAAUUGGUGGAUUGUUCCCAGGUAUUCAAUACCGGGUGGAGGUUGCAGCUAGCACGAGUGCAGGGGUUGGAGUAAAAAGUGAGCCGCAACCAAUAAUCAUUGGGGGACGUAAUGAAGUUGUCAUUACUGAAAACAAUAACAGUAUAACUGAGCAAAUCACUGAUGUUGUGAAGCAACCAGCCUUUAUAGCUGGUAUUGGUGGUGCCUGCUGGGUAAUUUUGAUGGGUUUUAGCAUCUGGUUGUAUUGGCGAAGAAAGAAGAGAAAGGGACUCAGUAACUAUGCUGUUACAUUUCAAAGAGGAGAUGGAGGACUAAUGAGCAAUGGGAGCCGUCCUGGUCUUCUAAAUGCUGGGGAUCCCAGUUAUCCAUGGCUUGCUGAUUCAUGGCCAGCCACGAGCUUACCAGUAAACAACAGCAACAGUGGCCCAAAUGAGAUUGCGAAUUUUGGACGUGGAGAUGUGCUGCCACCAGUUCCAGGCCAAGGGGAUAAAACAGCAACAAUGCUCUCAGAUGGAGCUAUUUAUAGCAGCAUUGACUUCACGACCAAAGCCGCUUACAACAGUUCCAGCCAAAUAACACAGGCCACCCCAUAUGCCACCACACAGAUCUUGCAUUCCAAUAGCAUUCACGAAUUGGCUGUCGAUCUGCCUGAUCCGCAGUGGAAAAGCUCCAUUCAGCAAAAAACAGACCUGAUGGGAUUUGGAUAUUCUCUACCUGAUCAGAACAAAGGUAACAAUGGUGGGAAAGGUGGAAAAAAGAAGAAAAAUAAAAACUCUUCUAAACCACAGAAAAACAAUGGAUCGACCUGGGCCAAUGUUCCUCUACCUCCUCCCCCAGUCCAGCCCCUUCCUGGUACAGAGCUGGAACACUAUUCAGUGGAACAGCAAGAAAAUGGGUAUGACAGUGAUAGCUGGUGCCCGCCAUUACCGGUCCAAACAUACUUACACCAGGGUAUGGAAGAUGAACUGGAAGAAGAUGAUGAUCGUGUCCCAACACCUCCUGUCCGAGGCGUGGCUUCUUCUCCUGCUAUUUCCUUUGGACAGCAGUCUACUGCAACUCUUACACCAUCCCCACGGGAAGAGAUGCAGCCCAUGCUGCAAGCUCACCUGGAUGAGUUGACAAGAGCCUAUCAGUUUGAUAUAGCCAAGCAAACAUGGCACAUUCAAAGCAAUAAUCAACCUCCACAGCCCCCGGUUCCACCAUUAGGUUACAUGUCCGGAGCCUUGAUUUCCGAUUUGGAAACAGAUGUUCCAGAUGAUGAUGCUGAUGAUGAGGAGGAAGCUUUAGAAAUCCCCCGGCCCCUGAGAGCACUAGAGCAGACACCUGGAUCCAGUAUGGACAAUCUAGACAGCUCUGUGACAGGUUCAAUGGUAAAUGGAUGGGGCUCUGCAUCUGAUGAGGAUCGUAACUUUUCUAGUCAUAGAUCUAGCGUAGGUAGCUCCUCCGAUGGCUCCAUUUUGGCCAGCGGCAGCUUUGCGCACGCAUUGGUGGCAGCAGCAGAUAAAGCUGGUUUUAGGCUGCAUGGAACCAGCCUUACAAGAACAGGCAAAGCUUUUACCUCCUCUCAAAGACCUCGGCCAACCAGCCCAUUUUCUACUGACAGUAAUACCAGUGCAGCCCUGAGUCAAAGUCAGAGGCCUCGGCCCACUAAAAAACACAAGGGAGGGCGAAUGGACCAACAACCAGCAUUGCCUCAUCGAAGGGAAGGAAUGACAGAUGAGGAGACAUUGGUGCCCUACAGCAAGCCCAGUUUCCCAUCUCCAGGAGGUCACAGCUCAUCAGGAACAGCUUCUUCUAAAGGAUCCACUGGACCAAGGAAAGCCGAGGCGUUGAGGGGAAGUCACCAGCGCAAUGCCAGCGACCUUCUUGAAAUAGGAUAUAUGGGCUCAAAUAGUCAAGGACAGUUUACAGGUGAAUUAUAGUAACUGAGAGGAGACAUGCAAAGCUGCUCUGAAGGACCACCAGGUCUGAACUCAUGGAAGUGAUGACACUAAACAGUGCAAUGAACAAUUUCUUUAUUUAUGUACAAUUAAAAGAACUGUAAAUGCAAUGUAAAGACACACAGCCACACAUAUCCCACAGAUAUUUUACUUGUGUUCUUCUCUUAACUACACCACCCACCUUAACUCUUUCUUGUCAGGAGUAUAUAAAAAAAAAAGAAAAGCAAACUCGCCCUCCAGGAAGAAAAGGAUUUUCCUCUGUAUAUAAUUUCUUUUGUGCAUUGCUAUGCAAGCUCACUCUUUUUAGAUCUGUUCAUACUAUUGUCUGUUUUUAUUGGUCUGUUGUACUAUAUGUGAAUUAAUAGGCUGUGGUGCCAUAUAUUAACUUUUAAUUGUGUAACUUUUAUGUUUAAAUUUUGCACUGCAAUUUUUUUUGGUGAUAAGCACAAAUCUCUACUCCUCGUGACAUGAAGAACAAGACUGAAUGUGAAGGGAGUUUCUGUACUGUAAGCUAGGCUGGAUAUGCUGGUUGGAACCAAUCACGUUAGAUGGUUUGCAGCUGGGGUGUAGGAAUAGGAAGAUGCAAAGGAACAGUGGUGUUGGCAAAGUCUUCUUUGAAUAUCAGGGACUGAGUCAAUAAAAAGAAAAGCAGAAAGGUGGCUUUUACUAUUGACAAAAAGAAGGGGUCAAAGAAAGAAAUUUAAGUCUUAAGGCUAAAUAGGCAUUACAAUAUGCAGGUAGCAAAGAUGUACUAAGCUUGCUAAAAAAAAAAAAAAAGAAAAAGAAAAGAAAUCAAGGUUAUAUGUAGAAUCAACUUAACCUGUCAUUGUAAUUGACCCAUCUGAGAAUUAUAACAAGCAAAAGGAAAUUAAAGUGUUUCACAAGAGCUGUGUUUAUAUUACAGUUUUUAUAAAAGCAUUUUCUGAAUUACCAUAAUUAAUCUCUCCAACUCAUUAAGUCAGAAUAUAAUGUGAAGUUCCCCAAGGAAACAAACAAAAUGAACUCUAGAAUAUCUAGCAAAUAGUUAAAGAGGCAAUUUAUUAUUAGGACAUACUCGGGCUGCUUCCAAAUGCAAAAACUCUAUUGCAAUAUCUCGUUUGAUCUUUCUAAUACGUACAGUACACACUAGAGGAUAGAGCUGCAUCACUUAAAUUUAUGACUUUGAAAAAAUAAUGCAGUCUAUAGACAACUUUGUGUUUUAUUUGGUUAAAAAGUGAAGUUUAUGCCACAAAUGUAUAGCCAAAUUGUAAGUGCUUACAAAGCAGUGCUCAGAGUAUGUUCAGUUCACAGUAAGUAGAUUUAUUGGGAUAAACAUUUUAUGGUACAUUCUCAGAAAUUGGCUACCAACUAAAAUAUGUUUGACCCGUUUUGAAUGAGUAAGUUGAAAAGAAAAAUUUAAAAGGAGAAAAAUGCAUGUUUAUACACUUUUUAAAUAAAACCAAACCUCAUUAAGUGGACAUUAAUAACAGUGUCCUGCCUCAUUUGUUUCCACGACUUUGAGAACAAGAAAUUCCUGAACAUCAGUCAUAUAUGGUCAAAAUGAAUCCGACUUUGAAAUAUAAGUCAGCCCCUGUAUGCGUAGAGUCCAUCAGUCAAGUAGAAGAGACCUUCCCUGAAAUUCCCACUUGUGACAUUUUUUCUGUGUGCUGCCUACACGACUGUAAAUUCUAUUUCUAGUUAUACUUUCUCAUGUUUUUCCUAUGAUGUGUUCAGUAGUUGGUAUUUUGAAAAAUGUUCGAUGUAAUGAUUAGAAUCAUUUCUAAAAUAUGGGACCUGCUUGAAUGACAAUUCAUACUCCCAUGCAUGAUUGGCUCAGUCACCAAUUCCAUAUCCUAUUGUUAUAGCAAAGGGAUAAUAUAAUUCAUUUUCUCUAUCCUUUUUGUUCCCUGAGACUGCAUCAACACAGGCAAGAGUGGAGGAACGUAAUGUUCCUUAUGGCCCCCAACAUCUUCUUGGUGCCAUGUAGCUCAUUUCUUCACCGAAGAGAAAAAACAUUCUGAGACACACUUAUUAAAUGCUUUAUCAACUUUCUACCACCAGUGCCUGAAUUUUAAUGCAGUUUGCUUUCUCUGGGUCAGAUUGUCCAGGGAAGAUGAGAAGUUCCUGUGAAGAAUGACUACAUACUAUUCGCAACUGUAGGAUGUGAGGAAUUUAAUUUUUAUUUAUGCGGUUCCCUACUUCACCUCUUUCUAUUUAAAAGCAAACAAAGUUUUGUUCAUUUGUGUUCCCUCUUUAUGCUUCUCUGUAACCCACUUUAGAGUAAAGCUUUAAUUCAUUACAUUUAUUACACGUAUAUGUUGAUCCCUAAUGUGACAAAUAAACCAAGACUUCAGUGUAGAGUAUGGGUAUAAAAGUGACUUCUGGAAUAACGCAGGACAUAGCAUCAUACCUUCCUGAUUAUUUUCAGUGUAUAAAACGUAACCGUUUUGGUUAGGUUUUGUCAGUACAGACCCUACAGUUACUUGGAAUGUUCUUUUAGAACAUUCCCUUAACAUUCUCUGUUAAGUCUAGUUUUAUAUGUAAAUUGGUUAGUAAAAUCCUGCACCCAAUAUAUCAUCCUCACACAGAUACAGAGCAAGACAAAAUGCUAUCGCUAUCCAAAUGAAUUCAGGAAUCCUAUCCAAAAAUCAAAAGCUUUUGUCAACUUACUAUAUGUUAAAAGCUUCUAAUCAGUAUGUCAGAAUGUCAUUAGAAGAAUGCAAACAUGUAUAAGCCUUCCCGGAAUUUUUUUCAUUUUGUAGCCCAUUGAAUGAAUGUGAUUAGAAAUUCACUGAGCUCACUCUUCUUCAGGUCUACACAAGGCCUGCAUAACUUGUCAGAAGGAAAUCUGGUUGGGAGAGAACGCAAACUCCCCUUGUACUCACAGGCCAUGCUGCUGUGCAGUCAAGCCCCAAACAACACAGCUCCAUUCUCAACAUGCCACGUCUCCACUGGGGAAAAGACAGCCAGCACCCCAACUCAGGUAUGCCUCCGAGCAUGCAGGCAGAGUCGACCCACCCCUUUCCAGAUCUUUUCCAUGCCAUAUUUAAAGUGGGAUAGUACAGGGGCUUGAAAACAACGGAUUCCUUCACAGGAUUUGAAUCCAGUUCGAGGGAGCAUAUAGGAAAAUCAAGACGAACACCUAAGGUGUCCUAUAACAAAGGGAAGUAAAUACAUUGCAAGUAUGCUUGUUCUAAGUAACAAAACAGAUAAAAUGGUGUUCUAUGUCAUAGUUGAAUGCUCUGGGUAUUUAAAAAUAUCUUCAAUAGGAUUCAAGUUGAAAGUUUGUACGAGCUCUGAUAGAACACCUCCAAAUUUCUAUUCAACAAAUUUAUGCAACUGUCCAUCGUCAACAUAAUUAUACGAAUACCAAUGAGCUCUAAACUGUGGUUUAUCUUCGCCACUGGAAAGUGAUUGUGUGUCAGUAUUAAAGAUAUGAAGAACCAUGACAUUCACUAAUUUGUACAUCUGCUUCUGUACAUUGUAUUUAUAAAGUUACAUGACGAGAAUUGGUGUAAAGCAAUGUUUUCCCACAUCAUCUUAGAGGUGAAGUUACUUUGGCUUCUCUAUCAUGUGUACUUCAAAUGAAACCCCAUACCUUUUUUCAGUGAAGUUCCAUUUAUCUCAUCAUUUUCUUAUCUCAUCAUUUUCAAAAGCAUUUAUUGUGACUUUAAAGUGUUGCAAGAUAAGGGAUUUUGUGGCCGUGGGUAGACUUUUUAUACUUUGUUUUAUAGAUGGACUUUUUUUUAACUAGUCUAAGUCACCAAACAGCGUCCAAAAUCUUAAUGUGUUUCAUUUGAUGUUGUUAGCUCAGAAAAGAAAUUGGCAUAAAAUUGGUUAAUAGUAUUGUCAAAGAAUUGUGUAUUGUGUACUCACUGGGAAAAAAUAAAAUAUAUUCACAUUU